AUGCCUCAGUCCGUUGAGAACCCACCUUCGCUGUACGUCAACCUCAGCAUCUCGAAUGUUGAGGCUGCAACAAAGUUCUUCAAAGCCCUCGGCUUCUUCCACAACACCGAGUGGAGCGACAAGCAGACUGUGUCGUUCUUCUUUCCCGCUCCCAACGCCAACGUCGCCCUCAUGCUGAGCGACAAGGACCGCUACAAGACAUUUAUCCGACCCGGCACCGAGAUCAGCGACGCCAACAAGGUCACCGAGGUCAUCUUCACCUUUGCUUGCAAGACCAAGGGCGACGUCGAUGCGAUGGUCGAGAAGGCCGUCGCUGCUGGCGGGAAGCCGGACCCCUUCACGAUGCCUGACAAUGGAGCGGGGUUUGGGAUGUACUGCCGGAGCUUUGAGGACGUCGACGGGCAUAUCUGGGAGGCCAAUACCAUGCUGCCACAGGGUGAGGAGAAGUGA